AUGUCGAUUGACAUACAAUUAUACAGGGUGACCGUGGGAUUGUUCUGUUCAGUUCAGCAUAAAAUGAAAGGAACCAAACGAUUCGAUAGCUUUGAACUCGUAUCCUGGAUGGCAAUGAUUCUUCUCCUUGGAGGUGAUAUACAUACAAAUCCUGGCCCUAGCCCCGAAAGGCCUACUUCUUCUUCUGACUCCUCAUUCACAAUGAUAAAUGACUUUUCGAAAACUUUGUCCUUUGUCCACUAUAAUGUCCAAAGCUUUCUGAGAAAAAAGGACAUCAUAGAAGGUGAGCUGGAUCUCUUUGACAUCAUAUCUCUCACGGAAACCUGGCUAGCAGCUACUACAGACUCUGACGCUCUACUGUUUCAAAACUACUCGCCUCCCUUUCGUAAAGAUAGGGGUACUGAUAAUCAUGGUGGUAUCCUCGUCUAUGUGAACAAUCAAAUACCGGCCAUAAGGAGACCUGAUUUGGAAGUACAUGGAAUUGAAAGUAUAUGGAUUGAACUUCAAUUUAAAACGAAAAAACUUCUCUAUGGAACUUUCUAUCGUCCUCCAAAUUCUGCUCCAUAUGUUCUUACUCAAAUAGAAAACUCUAUUGGACUCGCAUUUGAUACCAACAUUUCAGACAUAGUUGUGGCCGGUGAUUUCAAUCUCGACAUGCUUAAACCUCUCACUUCAGCAAAGGUAUUAAAUAUAACCUCACAGUAUAACAUGUCUGAAACAAUACAAGAACCCACACAUUUCACUGAAACAUCAAACUCACUCAUAGAUCUGUUCCUUGUCUCUUCUUCAUGCAAGGUGGCCCUUACCGGUGUUGGAGAACCUUUUUUGGACCAGAACACGAGGUAUCACUGUCCAAUUUUCUGUUGCAUUGAUCUUACGAAACCACACCUUAGAACAUAUAAGAGAAUGAUUUGGCAGUUUAACCGCGGAGAUUACAAUGGCCUCAGACGUGAAACUGCCUGCUUUCCCUGGGAAACCCUUCAACACGACAACAUUGACACAUACGCUAGCAACAUUACAGAUACAAUCAACAAAAUAACUAAAGAACAUAUUCCUAAUAAAAUAGUCACAAUAAGACAGUCAUCACCACCAUGGUUCCACAACGAGAUAAGAAAACAAAUCAGAAAACGCAAAAGAGCAUACGACAAAGCAAAAAAAUCAAAUAACCCACACCACUGGCAAACAUACAACCAAAUCAGAAAUAAAACAACAACUCUACUAAGAAACGCCAAACAUAACUUAACUGUGAAACUCGCAGACAAACUAAAAACAGAGGGUUUAACUCCAACAGACUUCUGGAAAACACUCAAACAGUUUAGAUUAAAAACAACAAAAAACACUGGCAUACAAAUACUUAAUGACAUGGGACAUAUGUAA